CCAGCGACCAACGACCGACCCUCUCACAGCCAGCCGCACAGUCGAUACUUCAAAAUGACCAAGGGUACUGGAUCUUUCGGCAAGCGCCACAACAAGACGCACGUUCUGUGCAGACGCUGCGGCUCUCGCUCUCUCCACGUCCAGAAGCACACCUGCUCCAACUGCGGCUACCCCAGCGCUAGCAUCAGAAAGUUCAACUGGGGCGAGAAGGCCAAGAGAAGAAAGACCACCGGUACCGGCCGCAUGCGCUCAUUGAAGCUCGUCAACCGCAAGUUCAGCAACGGAUUCCGCACCGGCACCCCCAAGGGCGCCCGUGGCCCCACCGCCGCAUCCGCCUAAACGAUGACUACGCCCUUCGAAGAAACGAGGACGGAGUUGAUCAAUGAGUAAAAAAACCAAAAAGGCGCCCUUGUUGGCUUUGCUAGUUGUUGAUUGGGGGGGGGCUAUGGCUAUCGAAUUCAGAGGAGUUUCCCUUACUUUUUAUCCGGCAUUAGG